CUGGGGCGCUCGCAAAGCUGGAGCCAUGGCCUCUGCAACGGAUAUCCACCGGUUCCUGGAGCCGCUGAGCAUCGAUGUCGACAGAUCUUAUGAGCUAUCGCGCAAGUUUCUGGCCAAUUUCAGGCAUCUGGCUGCGAAUUCGAGGGACCAUGGAGGAACUAACCUUAGAGUUGGCUUCGUCGAACUUCAUGGUGAUGCCCAAGAUCCUUCAUCACGUGUCCAGCGGCCAUUGGAGAAAUCAUGGCCCAUAGAUCAUCACCUCAAGAAUGAUAACGCCGAUAGCCUCUUCUCAUGGGUUGGAAGAUGCAUCGCCGAAGUUGUGGAAGAGGGCUGUAGAGUCUUGAACAUAUCCAGGGAUGAGCCUGUGCCCCUUGGCGUCACCUUUAGCUUUCCCAUGGAGCAGCGAUCCGUCUCUCACGCCCUCUUAAAAGACAUGGGCAAAGGCUUCGCUCUGCCGCCUGGCAUCGAUCUCGGUGCUCACAUCGAACAAGGAUACGAACAAUCUCGAACAUUGGAUCUGCCUCCUGUCAAAGUCACCGCCAUCGCCAACGACACAGUCUCCACGCUUGUAUCGUGUCUCUUCAGCUACGGCGGCACAGAGCAUCGACGAGCCGCCAUGGCUAUCAUUCUGGGAACGGGGACCAACGCUACGAUACCCAUGAAGCUGGACCUUUUGCAUCCUAGUAAACGGCCUCAGACAGUGAGCGUCCUUCCAGGCGAGAGUGUGGCAGACGCCAAGAUUGCAGUCAACACCGAGUGGAGCAUCAAUGGCUCGCUGCCGCCGAUGAAGGAAAUGAAUUUGGUCACCAAAUGGGAUGAUGUUUUGUCUUUGCAAAACGAGCGGCCAGGAUUUCAGCCGUUGGAAUACAUGACCGCGGGACGGUACCUGGGCGAGCUGGCUCGAAUCAUCUUGGUCGAUUAUCUGGUGAAUGAGCUGAACGUGGCUACUGAGACAUUACCACGGACGCUGCUAGAGAAAGAGAGCUUAACAACGACGUUCCUUAGUCAUUUCAAGCCAUUACUACCGCCGUCUGCCCUGCUAGAGAAACUCAGACAGCAGGUCCCUGAAGAUGCAGACUCUUCUUUUACCUGGACAGAAGACCUGGCUACGGCUCUGUACCACAUUGCAAAGGCCAUCGAGGUCCGCGCUUCAGGAAUAAUCGCCGCUGCCAUCAUCGCCCUGCUCACACUAGCUGAUGAUCUACCCGAAGAUGGCGCAGCAACAGCAGAUUCGAGCUCUCCCAUUCGCGAGCUCGGCGUGGGUUACACCGGUGGCUGCAUCGUGCACUUUCAGGACUAUCUUGCCGACUGCCAGCAAUUCCUGGACGAGCUACUGGCGCGCAGGUUUGGGAGCGAUAGCCGGCUGCGGGUACGAAUCCAGGGAUAUGAGCGAGGACGACUGAGGGAUCUGGGAACCGUGUCCCGGCUUUCCAACUCGCAUUUCGCCAUAGAGCUGGCAAAGCUGAGUACAGUUUUGACGCACCUUGACGCCUCUCACGCAAUCCGUCAUACACGGCACAAACACUCAACUCCCCUUUCGCCUCUUGGCCUCACCUCAGACAAACAGGGCCACUGCCCCAAUGCGUCAGAAUAUAGCCAAUCUCCAAGACACUUCCCCCGCCCCAAUAAUCAAACUGCGAGAUCGCUGGAUAGUCCCCGAGCAAGGAUGUACGCCCUGCCGGGAUUAGCGGGCCAGACCCUGCGCACCCGCAUCGCAGCCAAUGCGUCCAAUAUAAGUCGCAUCAUGGACGAUGAACAAGGCAUCCUCACAACCCACAGCAAUUUCAACGACAGCAACAACCACAUCAAAUACAACGACGACAACACAAACCCCUUCACCGAACGCUCCCCCCUCUUCCCCCGCCGCAACAGCACCGCCUCCACCUCCACCGCCAAAUCCUUCAUCUUCCUCGGCGAAACCUGCCCAGCCCGCUUCUGGCUCAUCUUCGCCCAGAUCCUCAUCUCGCAGUUCAUGGCCGCCUUUGACGGCACCCUCAUGGCCUCGUCCCACCCAGUCAUCACCUCGCACUUCAAGGCGGCCAACUCGGCGUCCUGGCUAUCGACCGCCUUUCUACUCACGUCGACGACGUUUCAGCCGCUGCUGGGCAGGUUGUCUGACGCGGUGGGCAGAAAGCCCCUGUUUGUCGCGAGCAUCGGCGUCUUUACGCUUGCAACCAUGUGGUGUGCCUUGGCGGGGAGUAUCGAGAGCUUUAUUGCGGCGAGGGCGCUUUGCGGGCUUGGUGCUGGGGGGGUGGGUGCGUUGGGGAGCAUCAUCACGAGUGACUUGGUGCCAAUAGAACGCCGAGGCACCUACCAAUCCUACGUCACCGCAAACUUCGGCGCCGGCUCCGCCCUCGGAGCUGCCCUCGGCGGCGCCAUGGCCGAAGCGCUCGGCUGGCGAUGGGAAUUCGGCGUCCAGGUCCCGCCGCUGCUCCUGUGCAUGGCCAUGUCGGCGGUCGUGAUCCCGGACGACAUUGGCUUGCAGGGCCCGCGGCGAGGCAUCUUUGACGCGAUGCGGCAGUUUGACUUUGGGGGCUCGGCCUUGUUGACGGUGUCGACGACGACUGCGAUUUUGGGAUUGAGCUUUGGCGGCAACAUCUAUCCGUGGACCCAUCCCGUCGUCCUCACCGCUCUCUCCCUCGCAGCCAUCGCCUUCCCAUCCUUCCUCUGGUUCGAAACCCGCGCCGCCAUGCCCAUCAUGCCUUUCCACCUCAUCCAGAAAUCCCCUCGGGCAAACCUCAUCUUUGCAAACUUUAUCGCAGCCGUACUUGCCAACGCAAUCAGCUUCAACAUCCCCCUAUACUUCCAAGCCGUCCUCCUCUCCAGCGCCACCUCCUCCGGCCUCCGCCUCGUCAUCCCCUCCGUCGUCGCCUCCAUCAUCGGCGCCCUCACCGGCCUCUCCAUCACCUACACCCGCCGCCUCAAGUGGCCCGUCCUCGCCGGCACCGUCUGGUACCUCCUCGGCAACAUCACCCUCUGCUUCCUCCGCCGCGGCAUGCCCGAAAUCGUCUACCUCCUCGUGCUCAUCCCCCAGGCCAUCGGCCAGGGGUUCCAGUUCCCCGGCACCUUCAUCGCCAUCCUCGCGUGCGGCGAGCAGGCCGAGCAGGCCGUCGUCUCCAGCACGCUCAUCCUCUGGCGGUGCUUGGGUCUGGUGCUCGGUAUUGCGCUGAGCAGCCUCGUCAUCCAGAAUGGGCUGGUGCACUACCUUGAUGAGUUUGUCCGCGGCGACGACAAGCUGGAAGUCAUCAGGCGCGUCAGAGCAUCUGUUGAGGCCGUCGCUCAGCUGGAAGAGCCGUACAGGGAACAAGUGAUCCGUAGCUAUGAGGCGUCGCUGAGACUGACCUUUAUCCUCUGCACCGUGCUGGCUGCUGUUUCGGUGUUGAUAGUUUUGCCUAUGAAGACGCCUCGUUUAGCUGCAAUGAAGCGCAAGUCAUGA